CAGGAGCUCCAGGACAGGACCGCAGCGCAGCGUGAUGCAGCUGAUCCUCAGAAACACGGUGCGCACGUAUAUCCCUCUGCUAGCCUCAAAAUCUUGCGUGGCUCCCAGCAUCUUGGAGUCACAAGACAGGUGAUUCCGGGCUGCGAGUAUCUCACAACUCUGGUCCCGGGUGCACAGCGGCGAUUCCCCCGCUGAACUCUGAUCUUUCGGGCUGAGGGGGCUGGGCAGAACCUGUCGGCGCCGCCCCGGGCCACCUUAGGAGCUGUCCAGUGCUGACCACGGAUGCCUCAGAGCCCCCAGAGUGCUCGGACCAGAGCCUGCCGCGCCCCGCAGAGCCUGGGCUGAGCUGCUGGGAGCGCUGACGCAGAGCGCCGGGAGAGCUGGGAGCAGUUGGCUCUGAGCUGAACAUGGAUCUGCAGAGACCGGACUCCUACCAGGGCGGAGCUGGCCCUCAUUUCAGCGAGCAUGUCCUACACAAGACCAUUCUGGUUGGUGACAGUGGCGUUGGGAAGACAUCUCUACUGGUUCAGUUCGACCAGGGGAAGUUCAUCCCCGGGUCCUUCUCAGCCACCGUGGGCAUUGGAUUCACAAAUAAAGUGGUGACCGUGGAUGGUGCCAGGGUGAAGCUUCAGAUCUGGGACACUGCAGGACAGGAGCGCUUCCGCAGUGUGACCCAUGCUUAUUACCGAGAUGCUCAGGCUUUGCUCCUGUUGUAUGACAUCACCAACCAAUCUUCUUUUGACAACAUCAGGGCUUGGCUCACAGAGAUUCAUGAGUAUGCCCAGAGGGAUGUGGUGAUCAUGCUGCUAGGUAACAAGGCGGAUGUAAGCAGCGAAAGAGUGAUCCGUUCUGAGGAUGGAGAGACAUUGGCCAGAGAGUAUGGUGUUCCCUUCAUGGAGACCAGUGCCAAGACUGGCAUGAAUGUGGAGUUGGCCUUUCUGGCAAUUGCCAAGGAGCUGAAAUAUCGCGCAGGGAGGCAACCUGAUGAACCCAGCUUCCAGAUCCGAGACUAUGUGGAGUCCCAGAAGAAGCGAUCCAGCUGCUGCUCCUUUGCGUGACUCCCGAGGGGCCAUGAGGAGGCCCGGAGACCCUUGGGGAUGCAGUUACUCCAACUACCACGCCAACUAGGAGAAGCUGGGGGCUCAGUGGGCAGCCUCUGCCAGGGAGGUAGCCGUUACCCUAGUUUCUUUAGCUUCCCUGAAUCAUGGGAAGGAUUAAAUACUCAUACUUUAUCUUAAUAUACAUAAACUAAUAACACAAAAGGUACCAGUGUGCCCCCCACCCCAACCCAAAAUAGGUAUGGACUUGGUGGUCCUUUGCUUUCUGGGACUAAGUUCUAAAAAGCUAGGCCUCCCUAUUAGCAAUUGUGUUCCUACACCAGCAUGACACCAGGGGGCGCCAAAGCCCUGCUCGGGUGUGGGAGUUGGUUGUGACCCCAUCACCAAUCCUCACUAAGGAGGUGAAGGAGACCCCAGACUUCUCUUCCUCCAGCUCCCAGAAAGACAACCUUUCCCAAGAAGAGGGGCUUUAGUGCUGGGAGCUAGCCCAAAACCUCAGGAAAGAUAAACAUGGGGAUUGUCGUAAGAAGAAUAGCAAUUACUAGGGUGAGUGUGUCAGCUACCUCUGGCUUUCCCGACUCUCCUUCUAGAAGUGUAUACAAGCUUUUCCUACAGCGCACAUGCACAGUGGGGCACUUGAAAACAUCUCUUCCUGUUCUCUGGACCUCAUCCCAGGGGAUGCCUUGCUUGCUCUCCCAUGGAACCUCUCUCAUCAGCUUUCCACCUGGGUUCCUAGACACCAGAGGUCAGAGUCUGGAGAACGUUUCCCUCCCUCCCAAUCUGGAGACAAGGUGUACAGCACCACAGCUAUUUAAGGCAGAGGUUGGAGCCAGAUAAAGAACGUGUUGGCUCCUAGAAUGGGUGGGAGGAGGAACUGAACAAACCCGUAGUUUAUUUUUUUUCCCAUUAAGCCCCAAGCUCUAUGCCCUCCUCCCCUCAACCCCUGCUCUUUUUAACUUCAGACCAAUACUAGGGCGAAAUGGUUUUUAUCUUUCCCUCUUCCACUAAAUCAGGUUUGAGAGGAGGGUAGGAAGGUGUCCAUUUUGGGGUGAGCUAAUGGAAUGUGUGCAAAACAAGAUAGUGUGAGCAAGCCUGGGGUACAGAGAGGGGCAACAAGGAGUCCCCGUAGGCCCAAGGCCAUGUGUCACCUAAAGCACUGACCUCACCCUUAGAAGGACACUUGGGGUGCAGAUCCACGACCUAUAGGAAGCUUUACUAUAUCUCUGUAAGUUGGGCAGAGACUGAGGCUCCAAGAAAGUAUUCAUUGCACAUUUCUGAGGUUACUGUAUUUGCUUUCAAGGCAGAAAUCUUGCUCCCAGAGCAGAGUCAGCACUCUCAACUUGGGAUGAUAAGGAAGCUCUCUGUGACCUCUCACAGGCAAAUCAGGGAGGAGCCUGGGCUCCCAGUUCUCUUCUGGGGCUCUGAGCAGAUUGCCAGAGCUCUAGUCCAGCCUCUGGCAUUUGUGUUUUUCAGAAUUAAAUUGCAGUAUUUUGGAAAAUA